CCGCCGCCCGCCCCGCCAUGUUCCCGGCGCUGAGGCGCUGCCUGCGGGGCCCGUUCCUGGGGGCCGCGCUCGGCCCCGCCGCCCCCCCGGGACCCGGCCCCGCCGCCCCCCCGGGACCGGGACCCGGCCCCGGCCCCGAGCUGUGCCCCGGGCUCGCCUGGGGGCCGCGGCGGGUCCCGGCGCGGGGCCGCAAGACGCGGCACGACCCCCCCGCCAAGUCCAAGGCGUCGCGGCUGAAGCUGCCGCCGCCCGUCGACCCCGAGGAGCUGCUGGUGGUCACCGAGCGGUACCGGCAGCACCGGCUGGUCCUCGGCGCCCUCCGGGCCGAGUUCCGGGCCGAGGUGCUGCAGAAGAAGCGGGAGGCGUCGCUGUCCCGGGAGGACGUGGCGGAGCUGACGGAGCAGCACCGGCUCCUCAUGGCCUGGAACGAGGCGGAGAACGCCCGGCAGCGGGCGCGCAGGGAGGAAAGAAUUCGGAGAGAAGCAGAAGAACGGAAGCAGCAGAAGCUGCAGGCUGCGGAGACCAGGGCCAGGAUGAUGGAGGCUUUCCUGAAGGAGAAGGAGAAGGAGGUUCUGCAGCUGCAGGAGGAAGUGAAAACCUUCAUCACCCCCGAGAACCUGGAUGCGCGGAUCGAGGAGUGCCUGGACAACCCCCGCAACUACAACUUCGCCAUCGACAAGGACGGGCGGGUCGUCAAACGGACGGUGGUGGCUUAGCGGGGGGGGGGGGGGGCGGCGCCGGUCUGGUUUUUUUCCCGGAGGCUCCUCUUGGGAGCCGGUUUCUUCCUUUGGAAUGUAUAAAAGCUGCCACAGAAUGGGUGGAGCGAACCUGC